AUGGAACGAGCACUGAAUGCCACAGGUCGACCAAUAGUGUACUCUUGCAGUUGGCCAGCUUACAUGAUUGGACAACCAGAAAGGGUCAACUAUUACCAGAUCGCCAAUAGUUGCAACCUAUGGCGUAACUAUCGCGACAUAAGGAGUUCAUGGGAAUCGAUAUUAAGAAUUAUCGACUACUAUGAUCGUAAUCAAGAUAAGCUCAUACCGACACAUGGCCCUGGACAUUGGCAUGACCCAGACAUGCUUGUGAUUGGUAAUCCUGGCAUAACCGUCAAUAUGGCUAUCGCUCAAAUGACGAUAUGUGCCAUCAUUGCCCGCAAUCGAUCAAUUUCCAAAUAA